AUGUUAGGGGUGCAGAAUCUGCCGCAUAUGUUGUUGGCAGAAUUUUUUAGGAGUGAUGGGUGGGAUGUUGGUAAGCUUCGCCAAUGGGUUCUUGAGCCUAUUGUGCAGCAAAUCUCAUGCAUUCAACUCUUUCCUGAGCUUGAAGAUGUAAUGGUUUCCUUUUUUGAUUGGCGACUACUGAGAGGUUUUCUACCAUUAGACGAUCGACUGAGGAAAUGGGGGAUGGCUCUUCCUUCCAAGUGUGUCUGUUGCUCGAAAGAGGCGGAAUCAUUGAAUCACUUAUUUCUUGAUGGCCCGGCAGCUUCACAGUUUCUUUCUUCCUCCUUGGGUGGCACUUCUCAUAUUAGAUCUUGGUUACCCGUGGUUAUCUGUUGGUCAUUAUGGAAAGUUCGCAAUCAGGUGCUGUUUCAAGAGGAGUUGCUCUCAGUGCAAAGGUUUGGAUAUGUGACCAUUCCCCCAAAGGUGAGCACGAGUAGCAUUAGUGUGUCCUGGCUUAAGCCUCUGCUGGGUUUUGUCAAGCUAAAUUCUGAUGCAAGUGUGGUAGAAGAGGUGGCCUCAGGUAGGGGGCUACUCCGGGAUCACGAUGGUAACUUGAUUUUUGCAUUCUAUAAGGAGUUUGGUGCUGCGGAGGUGUUGUUGGCUGAAGACCUGGCGUUAUUGCAUGGUCUUCGACUUUGCAAGGAGAAAGGUUACAUUGCGCUUCAAGUGGAGGUAGAUUUAGAGUCUGGCUUUUUUAGUCAAGGCGGAUACCCUGGCUAA